AUGGCUAUGGUAGAUGCUGACUACAAAUCUUUGUUUGUGGAAGUCAGAGCGUGUGGUCGAGAAUCUGAUGGCGGAGUUUUCGCAAGAUGCCCACUUUCGGCAGCUCUUGCUGAUAAUAGCAUUAAUUUCCCGGCUUCGAGACCACUUCCACAUGAAGGAGACCCUAUGCCAUUUGUCAUAGUGCCUGAUGACGCUUUUCCUUUAAAGCCAUAUAUACUGAAACUUUUCUCUUAUCGCGAGCAGCUGAUGUCGCACAAAAUUUUCAAUUACAGACUAUCGCGAGCAAGAAAUGUAGUUGAAAAUGUGUUCGCUCAGACGUCGACGAUGAUAGAAAUGGCAUUUCUGUACGCGGUAACUGGCGAAAUGAGCUUGGAGAAAAUGGAAUACUCCCAUCCAUCCGGCCAAGCAGCGUUAUGGGUAGGCCAGCAGACACUGCAAUGA